AUGCUUCCUGUAGAUGGAAAGGAAGGUCCUCCUGAUGUUUGCAUCAUCGAGUUAGGUGGAACUAUAGGAGAUAAUGAAUCUAGACCUUUCACUGAUGCACUUAGCCAAUUAUCAUACAGUGUUGGACCUGAGAAUUUCUGUCUGAUCCAUGUCACCCUCGUGCCUGUGCUCAGUGUUGUUGGUGAACAGAAAACAAAACCUACUCAGCACAGCGUUAGAGAUCUACGAGGAUUGGGCUUAACACCUGAUAUUUUAGCUUGUCGAAGCACACAGGUACUUGAAGAGAAUGUAAAAGGAAAGCUAUCUCGAUUUUGCUAUGUUCCGAUUCAAAAUAUCUUCUCUCUCCAUGAUGUUCAUAACAUUGGGCACAUUCCCUUGUUGCUCAAGGAUCAGAAGGCUCAUGAAGCAAUCUCAAAAGUUCUGAACCUUGCUAGUAUUGUUAAAGAACCUUCUUUAGAGAAAUGGGCUUCAUUGGUGGAAAUUAGUGACAACUUACAUGUACAAGUGAGAAUAGCUGUCGUUGGGAAAUAUACAGACCUCUCAGAUGCAUAUCUAUCAGUCUUAAAGGCCCUAAUGCAUGCUUCUGUGGCUUUUGGAAAAAAGCUUGUAGUUGAUUUGGUUCCAUCUUCUGAUCUUGAAAUAACCACAAAGAUAGAGAACUCAUGCGCAUACGAGGCUGCCUGGAAGUUACUGAAGGGCGCAAAUGGAGUUCUUCUCCCUGGAGGGUAUGGUGAAAGAGGGAUGGAAGGGAAGAUUCUUGCAGCAAAAUACGCUCGAGAAAACAACAUACCUUUCCUAGGUAUCUGUCUUGGGAUGCAAGUCGCUGUCAUCGAGUUUGCACGCUCAGUUCUCUGCUUGCCCGAUGCAAAUAGCACUGAGUUCAAUCCUGAAACCAAACAUCCAUGCAUCGUUUUCAUGUCUGAAGGCUCCACGACUCAUAAGGGAGGGACAAUGAGAUUAGGAUCAAGAAGAGCUUACUUCCAUGUCAAGGACAGUAUAUCUGCAAGGCUAUAUGGGAACAAGGAGUUUGUAGAUGAGAGGCAUCGCCAUAGAUACGAGGUGAAUCCUGAUAUGGCUGUAUCCCUCGAGAAGGCAGGUCUCUCAUUUGCUGCAAAAGAUGAGACUAACAAACACAUAGAGAUUGUUGAAGUUCCAACCCACCCUUUUUUCAUUGGUGCUCAAUUCCAUCCUGAGUAUAAAUCUAGACCCGGGAAAGUAUCUCCAUUGUUCUUAGGACUAAUAGCAGCAUCAUGUGGUGAGCUAGAUGCAGUUCUGAGUCCAGUCUCCAUUCAACAAGAUAAAAACCAACAUGUGGUACUUGGAACAAGGGUUGAACCAGAAACUGGUUUUUGUAGUGAAACCAACAAGACAUGUCAGAAACAGCGUCUCCUAUGUGGCGGCGUGAGCAAUGGAAGUGGAGGAAAGUUAACGCCAGGGAAACCGGGAAGUGGUGCCGGAGGUGAUGACUGUGACGGUAACGGAUAUGGAAAAAGGGGAAAAUUUCCUGGGAACGGAGGAAAGAGUGACGGUAACGGAGGAACGCCGGUGAAGGACAACCCCGGUGGAAACAGAUUUUUCAUUUCAUCUGUUGGAUUCUGAUCGUUGAGAUGGCGAGCUGCGGUUGUUUCCGGCGAGAGGUGGAAGAGCAGAAUUAGGGUUAGGGCUAAAGUGGUUACUGAAGAAGUCAUUUGUUUAUAUGUGUGUUUUACUAUGCUUCUGUCUGUUGCAAUAGUAGAUGUUUAGUAUGAGUAUAUAUAUAGGCCUUUUUCACACAACUAAACGAACUUUUUCAUUUAUUUUAAAAUCUAUCAUUAUGUUUUUACCAACCAUGUACCUGCAUAUUGUAAAUUGCAGUAAUUUUAUUGACAAAAUUAAAC